UUUAGCGCGAGUUAAAUGAAUCAUAUGGAAUCGACUCCGAACGUUUGGGGCAUUUCGACUCUUCAUUCGCAAUGCUUGGAAUCGGGGGAUCGAAUCUUUUUCUCCCUAGCCUGUGUUUCAUUACGCAAGCGCGUACACACACAGACACGCGCGCGCGGCUGCUCACUGUGAUAACUCAUUAAGACCCUGAAACGGGUUCGGUAAGGUUCUGAUCGGGUUUAUGACCGCGGGCAGGCGCGCGCCUCGUCUUCCGGCGGUGAUGUAAGUUGAGACGCCGCCGCGCGCGCAGAGCCAGUUCCAGAGCAGAGAGAAAGAUGGCGGAGGGGGAUCUCUCCCCGGUGCUGUCGCGGUGCCGUUCCGGUUCCGACUCGGAGGGCGAGCUGUGGCUCAGUCUGGCGCGUGCCAAAACGCGCUCGUACGGCAGCACGGCCAGCGUGACGGCGACCCUCGGGGAGCGCUACAUCGAGCACCAGGUGACGGACGGAGACACGCUGCAGGGCAUCGCGCUCAAAUACGGGGUGACGAUGGAGCAGAUCAAGCGAGCGAACAAGCUCUUCAGUAACGACUGCAUUUUCCUGCGUCACAGACUGAACAUCCCGGUGCACACGGAGCGGCCGUCUCUCUUUAACGGACUGUCUCUGGAGUCUCCGGACGGAGAGGAUUCGGUUCUUCAGGAGUCUCCUCGCGCCUCUGACGUGCCCUCCAUCUCCCCCUCACCCCCUCCUCCUCCUCCUGAGGCCCCCCCAGAGUCAACCCCGCGGCCCCCCCAACCGGACGAGCUCUCAGCUAAAGACUAUUUACACAUGCUGGACUUACAGAUCACUCGCUCCAAACAGGCCGCCCGGAAACUCAAAGAGGACGUGACGAGGGAGGAUGAAGAUCAGACACACGCGACGUCGUCUUAUCAGGAGAUAUAACACUUGUCUGAUCACGCUUAUCGACAGCUGAGAUGAUGGUAUCCAUCCAUCCCUCCAUCCAUCCCUCCAUCCAUCCCUCUAGUCCUGACUCUCUCUGUAUUCUGUUUUAAAUCUUGCUUUUAUCAGUCCUUGAAAAAACAGGACUUGUCACCUUCACUGCCUUUCACUUAUUAUUAUUAAUUAUUAUUAUUAUUAUUACUGUUUACAUUCAGCUGUGUGUGUGUGUGUGUGUGUGGCAUUAAAGGGUUAAUACGUAGCCAGAAAGAGUAAAACGGCUAUAAAAUGAACCAAACUACUGUAUCAUUUUCCCAUGACUUUUUCGACGCUGCUGUACAGAACCGAGCUGCAACGGCCAAUCAGAAGCGGUUAUCCCAAAUCUCUAUUAAUAUCUGACGUGUGCUUAUGAAUUGCUGUUUGCUCAUUAAGACUAUACAGAACUGUGUGUGUGUGUGUGUGUGUGUGUGUGUGUGUGUGUGUGUGGAUCUGCUUGCUGAUUUUAAUUAGUUUUUAUUUUAAUCUGUACAGGACUCUUGUGUGAAUGUGAAUUUAAACAAUAUUGUUGUGUGCUUUUGGAUUUUAAAACAAAAUCCUAAUAAACGUAUCAGUAAAUCAGCA